AUGCAAUUCAGGUCAAAUUCAACAUCAACUGAUGCUUUUGGGUCCGAUAUUAAGACACCCAAGUUGAAAGUUAAAUGGUUUUAUGCUGCUGAUAUUCCAAACUCCAAGCCUGACUGGUACGAGUAUACUAAAUCCAAGGAACCCGAGAAGUUUAUCCCGUUUUCCAAUUACGAUUCAUUUCGUUUAGAGAAAUGUUACCAAUCAAUCACAGAUGAUUCAAUUGACCAAACUGUUCAAGUCAGUGAAGAUCGCCUUUUCCAAGUUAACUUGAAAAACUUUGAAUUGUCACCAGUUUAUUGGGAAGGUCCAGUUUAUGAGGUUAGAAGAGGAUGCUGGUUUGACUCAAAUGGUCUACCUUUGUCUCAUUCUUUAACUCAAAUUAUUGAAGGUGGUUACCAAGCGAAAAAGCCUUACUUGUACGGAGAUGAUAUUAAAGAUACGAAGAGUAAAUUAUUAUCGAAAAUUUCAAAAGAAACUGUCAAUAAGUUUAAUAAAUCGGUUAAGGAUAAGAAUAAACACCAAUUAAAAGAAGCUCAAAAGGAAAUAGAGGAGAAAGCGGAUGAAGAAUUAAAGUUGAAAGAUCAAUCCCUCAAGGAUAUUCAAAGUAAACAUCUUGAUUUGCUUGACUUAGAAAAUGGUAAAACAGUGUUAUAUUGUGAUGAAAGAAAUGCAGUAAUGUUUCCAAGCUCAAUGAAUAGUGAUUUUGAAUUAGAUGUAAUCAGAAACUUUGGUGCUAGUUCAAUCUCUUUAAUGUCAGUGGAAAAAAUAUCUAGAGGGUAUACUGAAGAAAUGGGUAAAACAAUAUUUGAUAACCUACCUUCUAACCCAUUGCCUGAUUUAUCGGAAAUAUUUCAUGAUGAAUUUAACGAUUCAUUUAAUCCAAAUCAAAAAACUGAUGAUAAAGAUAAAAAAUUAGCUGACCGUGAAAAACAAACUAAUGACUUGAAUAAUUUAAUGGACUUGGAAAAUGCUGAAAGUACGUCAAAUCGACAAAUUGAUCAUUUAAUUCUUUGUAUUCAUGGUAUUGGUCAAGUAUUGGGCCAUAAAUAUGAAUCAGUUAAUUUCACUCACUCAAUCAAUGUUUUAAGAUCAACCAUGAAUAACGUUUAUCUUCAUGACGAUAGAUACCAAAAGUUGGCUUAUCCUGACGAUGAUGUAAAUGAAAUGAAGGAAAAGGGUGAAUUAAAACCCCAAUUUAAAAAUAAUAAAAUUCAAGUAUUACCAAUAUCUUGGAGGCAUAAAAUUGAUUUCCACCCUACAAGGAAACUACAAUCAUAUGAUGAAAAUGGUAAUCAUAGACUACCUUCUCUAUCUGAAAUCAACGUGGAUGGUGUCAAACCUUUAAGAAAUAUUUUGGGUGAUGUUGUACUUGAUGUUUUAUUAUAUUAUGAACCAAAAUAUGUGAAUCAAGUUUUUGACGCUGUAAUUAAAGAACUCAAUAGGGUUUAUAAACUCUAUAAAGAAAAAAAUCCAAAUUUUAAUGGUAAAAUCCACAUAAUGGGACACUCUUUAGGUUCAGCAAUAUCGUUUGAUAUUCUUUCAAAACAUUUUGAAAAAGAAAAACCUAAUACGUUAUCAUUCGAAGUUGAAAAUUUAUUUUGUGUUGGAUCUCCUGUGGGUGUGUUUAAAUUAUUAGAACAAACCAACAUUAAAGCUAAACAAUUGAUCAAUGAAAAGGAUCCAAAUAGUAAAUUUUGUGUCUCUCCAGAGUGCAAAAAUUUAUAUAACAUUUUCCAUCCUUGUGAUCCUGUUGGAUAUAGAAUGGAGCCUUUAGUUUCCCCUCGUUUCGCUAAUUUAAGACCGGAGGAAGUUCCAUUUGCUAUGAAAGGUUUCAAUACUCAAAUAAAAGGUUUGGCAAGCCUUGGUGAUGAACUUUCUGAAAAAUUUAUAAAAGCCACCAGUUGGUUCAAUAAAUCUAAAACCAAGGAGGAAGCGAAGGAUAUUGAGGUUCCUAAGACCACAGAAGAGCUAGCAUCCGAAGAAAAUGCUUUAGGUGAUAUUAUCAAAAAUAUUACGAAAUCUUCCGAGAAUCAAGACCCAGAUGAUAUAAUCAAAAAGAAGAGUUUGAGUGAGAAAGACUUACAAGAUUUAACAGCUUUGAAUAGAUCAGGUAGAAUUGAUUAUUCAUUACCAAUGGGUGUGUUUGAUAUCUCGCUUGUUUCAGCAAUCAGUGCUCAUGUAUCAUAUUUUGAAGAUCAAGAUACUGCAGGUUUUAUAAUGAAAGAAGUUUUGGCGUCUGAUAGAUCACCAGUUGAAAGAAAGACCGCCCAAGUUUAUAAAUAG